AUGACAUGCAAGGUGCUCAGCUUCGGAAUAGCGAGUUCCUAUUCCCGAGAAGUUCAAAUAAGGCAACUGCGUUUCCUUGCUAUACAUAAUCUUGGUGUCACUCGACACGUUGGCGAAGCCCUCGGCGAAGAGGUCCAUGUUCGGGGCUCAAACAUCGUCGCUCUCGGAAUUGCUCCCUGGGGUGUCGUUCAACAGCGCGAACUCCUCAUCGGUCUCAAUCCCGACCUGUACCAUAUGAACCGUGAUCCCUCUAUCUCUUUUCGCACUUUCCUGAAACCAGAAUUAUUCCCCGUAGUAACAUUUCUCAUUGAACGCACUCCUCCUCAUGAGUUUUCUAUGCCUUCGUCUUAG